CCGCCCCGUCCUUGGUGCACCGCGGCCGCCAAGCCGAGCGGCGCCGCGCGGGGCUGAGUCGAGCCGAGCAGCCACCCGCGACGCGUCGCCGGUUUAAGCGCAGUGCGGGGCCGCGGCCGGGGGCGGCGGUAGUGAGACAAGCGCUGCGCUCCAGCCCCCUUUUCCCUCCAUGGUUUCUCUCCGCUCCCGUGAGUAACUUGGCUCCGGGGGCUCCGCUCGCCUGCCCGCACGCCGCCCACCGCCUGGGACCGCGCCGCCGGCCUCUGCUGCUAGCAGACCCCUUCUGACGGCCCUCGCUGCGCAGGCUGGGACGCCUCUCCCCCCUCCGCCCCCGCCGCGGAAAGUUAAGUUUGGAGAGGGGGGAAGAGAGAAACAUGGACAUGAAGAGGAGGAUCCACCUGGAGCUGAGGAACCGGACCCCGGCAGCUGUUCGAGAACUUGUCCUGGACAAUUGCAAAUCAAAUGAUGGGAAAAUUGAGGGCCUAACAGCUGAAUUUGUGAACUUAGAGUUCCUCAGUUUAAUAAAUGUAGGCUUGAUUUCAGUUUCAAAUCUCCCCAAACUACCUAAAUUGAAAAAGCUUGAGCUCAGUGACAAUAGAAUCUUUGGAGGUCUGGAUAUGUUAGCAGAAAAACUUCCAAAUCUUACACAUCUAAACUUAAGUGGAAAUAAACUGAAAGAUAUCAGCACCCUGGAACCUUUGAAAAAGUUGGAAUGUCUGAAAAGCCUGGAUCUGUUUAACUGUGAGGUUACUAACCUGAAUGACUACCGAGAGAGCGUCUUCAAGCUCCUUCCCCAGCUGACCUACCUGGAUGGCUAUGACCGAGAGGAUCGUGAAGCCCCUGACUCAGAUGCCGAGGUGGAUGGUGUGGAUGAAGAAGAGGACGAUGAAGAAGGAGAAGAUGAGGACAAGGAGGAGGAUGAGGAUGGUGAGGAAGAAGAGUUUGAUGAUGAAGAGGAUGAAGAUGAAGACGAAGAUGUAGAAGGGGAGGAGGAUGAAGAUGAAGUCAGUGGGGAGGAAGAAGAAUUUGGACAUGAUGGAGAAGUUGAUGACGAUGAAGACGAUGAGGAUGAAGAUGAGGAUGAGGAUGAAGAAGAGGAAGAAAGCGGGAAAGGUGAAAAGAGGAAGAGAGAAACAGAUGAUGAAGGAGAAGAUGAUUAAGACCCCAAAUAACCUGCAAAAAAAGAACUGUUCAGUAUUGGUUGGACUGCUCACAUGGAUUUGGUAGCUGUUUAAAAAAAAAAAAAAAGUAGCUGUGAUACAAACCCCAGGACACCCACCCACCCAAAGAGCCAAAGAAUAGUUCCUGUGACAUUCCGCCUUCCUCCAUUUAGUCCCUCUUGGAAAUCCACCACCAAGCUUGGGGACUUCACCCCAACAAAAUUGUAAGCAUUGUUAGGUUUUCGUGUAAGACUCUUGCUGUAGCGUGGAUAGCUGUGAUUGGUGAGUCAACGGUCCGUGGCUGCCAGUUACACUGAGAUUGUAACAGCAUUUUUACUUUCUGUACAACAAAGAAGCUUUGUAAAUAAAAUCUUAACAUUUUG